AUGUCAGCCAAGAGGGCAGAACAGAAGAAAACAAGCGUGAGCAAGAACUACAAGGCAGUUUACCUGGAAUUGAAGCCAGAGACGAACAAAACAUACGAUUGCAAAGGAGUUAAACACCAAGGUCCAUUCAACAAAACGGGAAUAACGCACGAACUAAAGAGUGAACUCAGGGAGGUGAGGGAAGAGCUCAAGGAGAAAAUGGAAGAGAUAAAACAGAUAAAAGAUGUAAUGGACAAAGAUUUUGAUAAACUUCAUGAAUUCGUGGAAAUUAUGAAGGAAAUGCAGAAGGAUAUGGAUGAGAAGAUGGAGGUUUUAAUAAAUAUACAGAAGAACAACAAGCUUCCCUUUCGAAGAGGAUGGAUGGAGCCGGAGGAACUCGGGCUGGUGGCAAAGACGGACGCAGACCCUCGGCUCAGGCUCAGGAAGAUGGACGGAGCUGGCGCCGCGGCCUUGUCUCUUCACAAGAACACGGUGGUGUCACCCAAACCCAAAAAGGAGCUGCCGGAUUCCCUUCCUCAGUGUAGGAGCUGCUGCCGGGAAACUUCCAUGCCAGGCCUGGGAGCCCUUUUCAUCCUUGGCAUCUGGAGCUGCUUUCUAAUUUAUCUUUACCUCAACCGCGAUGAGAUGGAGUACGUGCUUCCCACCUAGCCAGCAGCCCCGGAUCAUCCUCUCCUCAUCCUUGAGCCGUGCAGCGAGGGCUUGUUGCCCUCUUAAACCAGCACGCCUGCCCAGGCCUCCACCAGGAGAUUAAAAAACUCUUCAUUUAAAGCCCAAAAAG